AAUGUUACCGAGGCACUUAAUCAUGUUGGUGCCUUUCAGGACAGUUUAUUUCCCAUGGCUGCUGACAAUAACAAAGCAGGGGCUCAUCAUAAAGAAGAAAUACAGGUUCCCUCUCCAAUCUUACCUAGAAUAGGAAUUUCCAUCUUGUUCAGCUGAAGGACUGGCAGUGAGAAGUGAGAUAUAUAAAGCUAGCAGUGUGUGUUUGUAUCAGAUGAUAUCUUCCAAUAAUUUAAAAGGAUUGUCUGCCUGUCUGUGGGAAUCUUUAAAUAUCCUGGAAUAUGGUGGAAGCAGUACUGAUAGACCUGUUCAGCCUCCCAGCCAACUUGGAGAACAUUCAUGGAUUACUAUGCAACAUGCUGCAAACUAUUGAGAAAUGCUGUUCUAUCCCUGCUCCAUUCGUUUAUGUCAUCUGUCGCCAGAGGCAGGGGAGUGAAAGGAGGAGUGAACACGAGUCUUUGCUUCCAGCUCUGGGAGAUUUUCAGAGUCUGAAGAAAAGACUGAAGGUGGUACAUGCUCUGACUACAACUGCUGCUUUGUACACCAUCAAACAACAACUAGAUGAAAAAGACAUAAGCAUAAUUAAAAUUAUACUCCCUACCUUAAGAAAAGACUUAAUGAAAGUAUAUAUAGACCAUCUCUUUACAGCAGUCUACCAGUUUGAAUUUGAGGAUUUACAGGUGGCAUCUGAUUGUAAAAACCUGCAGAUAGCUGAACCUCGGAGUGAAGAGCAAAUGCCUCCUACACAGGACGUGGAGCUCAUCCAAAGUGAGAUUCGGAUGUACUUGGAAAGCCUGCCAAACCUGAAAGGGGAGCUCACCAUCCUCAGGUCUUCCCUCAUCCCAGAUGAUAUCUUCCUACAUGGGUUCACCACAAGGACAGGUGGGAUUUCCUACAUACCAACUCUAAGCUCCUGCAACCUCUUCAGCAGUUCCAAGCGAAGGGAUCCACAAGUUGUUGUGAAAGAAAAUCUCCGCCGGCUAGCUAAUGCUGCAGGAUUCAAUCCAGAGGCUUUUCACAGAGUCAAGGUUGAUCAUGCCAAUGCUGUGUAUAUUAUGGGAAAGACAGAGCCUGACAGCUAUGAUGGAAUAGUAACAAACCAGAAAGGUGUCACGAUAGCAGCGCCAGGAGCUGACUGCAUACCCGUGCUAUUUGCUGAUCCUGUCAAAAAAGCCUGCGGUGCUGCUCAUUCUGGAUGGAAAGGCACAUUGUUAGGAGUUUCUAUGGCCACAGUAAAUUCCAUGGUAUCUGAAUAUGGCUGUAACGUGAAAGAUAUCCUUGUGGUGCUGGGUCCAUCUGUAGGACCUUGUUGUUAUAAACUUCCUCAUGAAUCAGCAAAAGAAUUUCACAGAAUUGAUCCAAAGUGUGUGAGACUAUUUGACUCUGCAAGUCCUUAUAUCGACAUUAGAAGAGCAACACGGAUUCUUCUUGAGAGUGGUGGGAUUCUUCCUGAGAACAUCCAAGAUGAUUCUGUCACAGACCAGGACCAAAAUGUCACUUUCUGUACUGCAUGCCACCCUGAUAAAUUUUACUCUCACUUUCGUGAUGGCACUAACUUCGGGACACAGAUUGGCUUCAUAUCAAUCAAAGACUGAGAUAGUAUCUCUUAGUCUCAAACAGUAUUUAGACAAUAAGUCUGGUGCUUUUUUUGGCAUCCUGCUCUCCUAGUAGAAUUUCUUCCUCCUUCCUUUCACAGAUUUGCAACAGGGAAUUCAUAGGUCUUGCGAUCUCCUGCUUCUUCCCUUCCCUGACAUUCCAAGGCAAGAAUAAAUGCCUAGUGUGCAGGGCCCAUAAUUCUUGUGUGAGACAGGGUGCAAAGGAAACAAGGGCAACCCACACUAGUGACAAAGCCCUUCUGCAAGAGCAGAUGCAAGCUCUGAUUUUUUUACACUUCUUGACAAAAUGUUUCCCAGAAACCUCACUGUCUUAAGGUAGUGAAAGCUUCUGGCUGAGACUUCUGAAUGAAGUUAAGUAUAACAUUACUGAUACAGGAAGGAAAGCCUGUUUUGCCAUUAACUGUUUGAGAACACCCAACUUUGGCAGUUUCAGCUGGAGGUAAGCCUUAUGGAAUUAUGUGCCUGACAUUGUUUUUCUUCUUUGGAUUAAUUUAAAGAAGAGCUUCGAAACACUUUCAGGACUUUUCCUAUGGAAAACAACUUGAAAGUGAGAAACAAGCAAGCUUCUUUGGGACAGACAUUGAAAAUAUAUGAACUCUCACCAUUCUGUAUUUUUUGAUUGUAGAAAAAGUAGGACUAAAACUGUUAAUAUGAUGUGACAUUCUUAUUAAUGUUUCCUUUGGAUUUUCUUCUUUGAACUAUUGGUGCUCUUGUUAAUGUCCACUGAGAUUGUCUCAACAGUGCCAAGUUAUUUAAUAAAUAUAUAAAGAGAGAAGCGAAUUUAGCAUCAGUUAAUUUUACUGACCAGUAGCUGACUGGUCUUACUAAACAAAUUCUAAGUGUGCACUGUUUUCUGUUGACUAUAAAAAAAUUUGCCUUUAGACUUUACAAUGGACAUGAUAGCUCCUGACACACAGACAGUGAGAGAUUCCUAAUAGUAAAACUAUGCUGACUGUAGCUUGCAGAGCUGCCAAGCACAAGCCUUGGGACAAUGGUCUGCAUGACGUAUAUUGUAUUUUGAAUUAAACAAUCUUUACCAAUUCUGGACUUCGACGUCCACCAGGGGUCAGUGCUAGCUCACGCUGCACUUCCAUCUCUGCCUGCACUGGAUAUACGUGUUUUCAAACCGUGCAUUUUGGAAAGCACUGUACGGCAUAAGCUGCUACUGUUGCCUAUAUAAUAAUCUGCCAAGUUAUUCUAGUAUCUGUGGUGCUUGAAGAGUAAGCUAUUUUUCAUUUUGUUGGACUGUGAUUCAGAGUUGGCCAAAUGAGAACUUUCCUUGCCCUCUGGGAGAAAAUACUUCUAAAAAAACUUCCUUUUAGCUGUGGACGGUAUUUCUCAGAGAAGAGCCUGGCUCUGAGUAUGUAACCCUCUGACUGUAACCAUCUACCAAAAAAAUACUUCUUCCAACUCUCCCACUUCUUCCUUAGAAAUAUUAUUCCUCUUCUGCUGUAGCACUGCAGUCCUUGAUAAUAAAAAUUGGUACAUUUUCGGUUACCUUUUAAAAACCU